GACAUUGACCUGCGUCUUUCCAACACCUAGAGAUAAAUGUCCAGACGAUGAAUGAUGUAUGAAAUGAGUAAACUGGUAGAUAUGCCUUAUGCCAGCUUAGACAAGAACAAGAAAUAUGUGUAGUUCAUGCCUUCAAGAACAUGUGCUUGAUACUUUGAUACUUUAUUCUGUCCAUUAGCUAACUAACAUACUUUAUAACCAAAAUUUUCAACCAAGGAUUGAUGUGUUAUAGAUACAGAUAACGUUACAGAAUAUCAGGUUCGAUUUCCUACUGAACAUUGCCUACUAGUACUUUGCCACACCUUUUAGGAUACCAAUGGCCCACGCAUGGGUCCAGUCAAUUUGAUUUGAAUAAUAGCGAUGGUUUCCGACCGAGGCCGGACGUCCGACAAAAUUCACGGAAGUCACAGUUGACAAUGCUUAACAUCCUACGCGCAUUCCACCUGUCAUCUAUAUAAGGUUGCUGCAAGCCGUCGGUUGUUUCAAUGUAGUAGCUCUCUUUACCUGCAUCCCAUCCGAGCACUUUUUAGUUAGGGACAAGGUGAAAGAUGGAACGUUUGCCGAUUUGCUUGAACUUUUGUUUUCUGGCUGUGCUUCCAUUGUUACAAGUACUGGGCCAGGCUGAGGCGCUCCCGUUAUCCCUGGUAGAAGAAGACACGCCACAGAAUUUUUCAUUGCCAGCAGAGGUAGUCAACGUCGUAUGUAAGGCGAACUGUGGCACAGGUAAUUCAACGGCAAAACUCCCUGUCCAAGCACUGAUCAACAAGUUGUGUGAGCAGGCGGGUAUAGUGGAUAAGGGCGACUCUGGAGAUUGUCAGCCCGCUGUGCCUGACGUGAUGCCACUGCUCACCGACUGCUCCAAGAUAUUCCGUUACCUAAAGGGGGCGAAUAGAAUCCCUAGUGGACCGUGGAGAAUCAAGCCUGACAACAUGGAAACCUCUGUGGAACCAGAGAAAUUUCUUUACCUGAUUCCACCUAACGUUGUUUAUAGGUAUGACUACGAAUUCUAUCCCGACCAUUGGAAGUAUGGAUCCCUUCAAGAGCGAUACUGGGUUUCGUCGCGAGGCGUCGCUAUCAAAGUGGACGAUUCCGUCCCCUUGCAUGUUGGCCUCAACGAUACGGUCACUGAACCUGAACAGUUGUGCCUGAUGGCUAACUUCUCCCACCCGUACAACAACCCCACCGGCGCGUACCCCGUCCUGAAGUACACCGUGUGUCACGGCGGACACCUAAGGGACAUCCACGACUUCAUGGCCGACAGGUACUUCCGCAAGCCCCGGGGGAUACCGGACGAUCGCGACGAAACGGCCAUAUUGUUAGUCGCAUCCCAAACCAGCGCUUAA